GAAUUCAUACCAUUGCAAGCUCAGGGCUCAUUGACUUUGGGGCCUUUCUGGAAGCAGAGUCUCUCCUGAAGGUACUCACGUUCACUCGCAUCCCACCCUGUGACCUUAUUCUAGAAGCGAGCUGUUACAGAAUGACCUUGCACUGAGCCUUUGUGGAAGAAGCAGGAUUUAAACAUCAGUUCUUCAAUGUGCAUUCUUCUAUUCAAAUUUGACCCCCGACCAGUUUCAAAAAAUGCAUACAGGCUUAUUCUAGCAGCUAAUAGAGAUGAAUUUUACCACAGACCAUCCAAAUCAGCGGAUUUUUGGGACAGCGGCAAUGAGAUCCUUAGUGGUCUGGAUAUGGAGGAAGGUAAAGAAGGUGGCACAUGGCUGGGAAUCAGUAAGAAAGGCAAGAUGGCAGCCCUGACAAACUAUAUGCAGCCAAUGAUUGAUAAAAAUGCAAAAGGAAGAGGUGCUCUUGUAACAAACUUCUUGACUGCAGAUCUGGACAGCUACUCUUAUUUGAAGAAAGUUUCAGUAGAAGGACAUCUUUACAAUGGAUUUAAUUUAUUAGCAGCUGACUUAAAUACCACCAAAGGAGAUGUAAUUUGCUACUAUGGAAACAAAGGGGAACCAGAACCAGUUUUCCUAAAUCCUGGAAUAUAUGGAUUGAGUAAUUCUUUGUUGGAUACACCAUGGAAGAAACUUCAAUAUGGGAAGCAACUUUUCACAGAAGUGGUCAAGAGAAGUCAAGAUCUUACCAAAGAAGACUUGGUGCAGGAGCUUCUUACAGUGAUGAAUAAUCAAGAGCCUCAAUUACCAGACCCUGCGAUUGAAGACCAAGGGAGGGAUUAUAUACGUCCUAUAUUGAACAAGUAUGCAGCUGUGUGUGUUCGUUGCCCAGGUUAUGGAACAAGGACUAACACGGUCAUUCUCAUUGAUUCAGAAGGACGAGUUACUUUCACAGAGCGCAACAUGAUCGAUGCAGAUGUCAACCAGUGGAAAACAAGCACCUAUGAAUUCAAACUGCACACUUAACAACUUUCCGUUUGAAUGGUUUGUAAUAAUAGCAAUGAGAGAACAAGCCAUUAAGCUCUAGGAAAUGUUUUGUGUGAGCCUCCACAAGCUAAAAAUAGCAUGGAAGGCAAAAGUUUAAAUAAACUGCUAGCACCCUAUCAGGCUCACAGAUGCUUUGGAUAAAAACAAAAGAAGAAACUUUUUAGAUUAAGUAGCAACUUAUAAUCAGAAAUAAAUUUUUAAAUAUCACCCUACUUCCAGGGCAAGGCCAUUUUUGCCCAAGACAGUCAUUGCUUUUUUGUGGGUGUUUGUUGUGGUUUUUUUAAAGUGUUUUAAGUAGACCCUUAAACAUGUUUUCAGUUCAGAGGAGGGGAAGCAUUUGCUGCUUUUAUUGUUCUAUCUGAAGGUUUUUACCAAACUUUGCUUUCCCUUCAACAUAGGCUUUUAAGAUUUUAUAGCUGAGGCCAGUGUGUGUUAAAUGAAUGUAUGUCAUUUUUGUAGCAUGAAGUGCUUUAGUAACAUUUCAAGUUUUCAGCAGUGCCAUGGUGCAAUGUUCUGCCUGGGGAAGGCAGGACAGCAGAGUUUCCUAUAGAUAGUACAGCAAUACAUCUUAUUUCUAAAACUUGAUUUGAUAUUAGAUAGGAAAUCUAUUUCAGUCUCUCUUCAGUUUUACUGCAAAAAAAAUUCAUGGGGGCAGAUUUGCUUAUCUUUGACUGGAAUAAAAUUAUUUGUAUUGUGACAGCUUGUUUCCUGAUAGUCUAAUUGGCAAUAUUGGGUUUUCUUAUUUUCUUCCCCAGCAGGCAGGUAAGGAACAGGUAAACAAACAGAAGCUGAAUAUGAAAUUUACAUAAAUCAGCUGUUUUGUACAUGUGCAGUUUUGGCUUCAUUUCUUUAUUAGUAUAAUAUGUUAAAGCCUGGAGUGACUGCUCAUAGAUUUUUAGUAAAAAUAGCUAUUUAUUGUAAGGUGACAUUACUGCAGUCUUACAUUGCUGAAAAAGUUGGGUAUUAAGAUGCAUUUCGUACAUUCUAACAUCUGUGAAAUAAAAAGCUAUUUAAAUGCAUGCUUUUUUUCAGUUACUCAGUGCCAGAAUAAGUGAUAAAAAAUUCUAGCUAAUAUCAGGAUAUUUUAAAACCCCAAGUUAUUUUCCUGCUAUUGGUGUUCUCUUUUGUCUUAUUUUGAAUGCUGAAUAUUACAUUUUUAAUGGAUCACUGGUAUUUUUUAAUAUAUAUAUGCUGAAUGUGUUCUUUCCACCAGCCUCUGUUUAUUAAUUAUUAUGAAGUAGCAAGAUUUCCAAUACUCUCCACAAAGAUGUGCAACUGUUCUUCUGUGCUCAAGCUUGUGUGUUCAAGUGUUCUCACUUGUGCGUGUAUCUGUAAUGGAGACAGCAGUAAAUUAGACUUGCCAUUGAGGUGAAGUACUGUGCAAGGCCAUUCCCAGAUUUCUAACUGUCAGGAGAUGCUAAAGAAUCUUUAAUCAAUUAUUUCCUUUGUAUUUGCAUAUUUUAAUAGCUUGUAGAUAGCAGGACUGCUUGCAUGACUAGUCACAGAUUGUUGAUUCAGUGCUAUAUAAAUGACUUGUUGACCACUUUGAUGGCAAGACAAUCAAUAUAGUCUUGUUGGGUUGUACAUGGUUUCAAACUCUGAGCCUUCCAGACUGUCCUGAGCUGUAGGAGAUGGUUAGCCCUUUUUUAUUUUUUGAUGACUGUAUGAACUAUAUAUUUGUAUGAAUAAAACUGUUAUUGUUAUUUUUAGAUGCAAAGAAAUAGCCAUAGCUGUCUUAGAUAUGAACUUGACAAAUGUAGAUUUUAAAACAAAACUCUGCUUCAAUGGCUUGCUCUUACUGAGAGUUUGCAUAGCAAACUUUUUCUAUAUCUUAAGAAAAACGUCUCCAGUGUAUAUUUGAACAAGAUACUGUCUUUGAAGUCAUUGCAUAAAAAGCAAGCAAAAUGCUUACAUGCUCUUUCAUGCUAAAAGCAUUUAUAAACCUUAAGUUUUUUAUAGUAGUCCUGUAAUAAUUAGAAUUUAUUGUUAUUUUUUACAUAUAGGCAAGUCAGACCUUAGAUGUAAAAACAGACAAUAAUGUGUUUUACUUUGCUUGAAUCAGAAUUCUAAAUCUAGGAUUUGCUUUUUCUGACAAUUCAAAUAAACAGUCAAGAAUCAAAACCUCUGAUGUUAUUUUUUAUUAUGUCAGAAUAGUUAAAAAAGUGAGCUUUUUAAACUUCUUUUGAAGUUUAUGAGAGUUUUGUCAUUUGACUCCAGUGGAAACAGGGUUAGGACUGUAUUGCGGGUAUCAGCAAAUGGUGCUUGUCCAUAGAACUGAUGAGGUAUUAAUGAAGUGCGUAACUUACUGUGUGCAAAUUACACUUGCAGUGAAUCCACUGGAAUAAGUAAAAUGUAGCUAAAGUUAACAAAGAAAGUAUUUUAUUUUUAUAAAUAUUUUUAAGAAUAAAAGGGGAUUUUAAAUAUCAGUUUUAAAGGACAUAAAGGGAAAAAGUGUAUAUAGGAAAACAUUGCAUGGCUUUUUACUAAGUUUGCUUAUGUAUGACAUCUUUUCAAAGUUCUAAAUUUGCAAGAGAUUUGUUUCCUGUCUUCUAUCAAAAUGGAGGCAGAAGAUAUUUUAAAAUAUCUGUAGCAACUCAUUAUAAUUUUUUUGCUUAAAAUUGUCUCAUAAUUGUUGUUUACAUGUGUGUUCAAAACUAAAUAUGAAUAAAGUCAAUUUAACAUUAA